AUGAGUCGGCCCCAGCAGAAACGAAGCCGAGUGAACACGGCUGGUGAAGAUGGCGAAGCGACGACACAAGCUACGACGAAGCUGUGGACAGCGAUGGAACCGCCUGAGAUCAUCUGUUUUUUGCACGAGGCUCUGGUCAAGUGGAGACGCGAGCGAGAGCUGUACGAAGCUGCGGUUCAUUCCCGCUGCCAGGAAUCAGGUGAGACUCUAGCGACCGUAAUGAUCCCGGCGAUCAAAGCAAUUAACAGACGUCGGCUAAAGACAUUUAGUGAACUCGAGUUGAAGGUUCAUGUAGACGACAUGGCCAACGAGAAGCUGGUCACGGCUAUUAACCAGAUCGUAGGCAGCAUGAUGAACGAUCAGAUACCAAAUGUGGACGUCAUAAUGAGUCAACAUUUGAAGAUGGAUUUGAAGCAGAAAGAUGUCAAAGCUCGAGUGCUAAAUUACUUUGAUCGUUUUGAUGAGCUCAUCGAGGAAUACGGACUCAGUAUCGCAUUGGAUGAGCAGAAGAAGACUGCACGAAGACUCUUUAUGGAGAAACGUAAAGAAGGUGAGACUGCGAAGAUGAAACGAUUAAUCAGCGAAAGUGGACAGAUCGAGCCAAAGCAUGUAGCAUUCAACCAGGCAGUAACGAUGCCAUAUCAUACCGACAAUGGUACGAAGUACAACGUCGUUCCUCGACGUAUAGUUGAAGCGAUCCAACAAGUGUGUUGCAAUGUGAAAACGCAGAGGCUCUCGACCCCGAUUGAAGGCAAAGCGAUUGGAGGCGCAAUUAUCAUAUGCAACGAGUCAAUUAGACUGGACCUGUAG